AUGGAAGAAGUCUUUGAAGAACGUGCGUCUGCCAAGCGUUGUGCUUUUCCAGCCUGUGAGAAUUUAUUACUUCAGCUGACAGGAAAGUUUCGGGUAUCAUUGUCUCGUCAAGAGAUAUAUGACGCUAAUUAUGAACGACAAUUUUGUUCUCAGAAAGCUCGAGUUUUACUGUCCAGACUAGCUCAUAAACCUCCACAGCUCGUGCCGUCAUUGAUUGACGUAUUUGGUACAGAAACGCCCAAUCCUCGUGACUAUGAGGACGAUAUAAAGCCAUCUAGUAAUGCUGAGAGCCCAGUACUUGCUGAGAAACGAGAGCAAAUACCAAACGUUCGAUCCGUAUGGGCAAAGACACAGGAUCUGGGUAUUGUGGAAAGAAAGCACUCGACGGCAAAUCCAAUAGCUAUGGACGUUCCAGCAGCUCUGCAAGCCAUGAGUUCGCUCACGUUGAAGGAGAAUGAAGCACCUGCACCGCCAAACCGAAACUUUCCGACAGUUGAGCAUGCAAUGCUUAUUGAAGGCUACGUGUUUCCAGCACAUAAGCAGAAGCUGGCACGGAAAGUCGAGAAAAUUGUCAAGAAAAGCCAAGAAAAGGGAGAUGACGACGAUGAUAUCGUAGUGAGCGAUAGUGACGAGAGCGAUUUGGCCGCAAGUGACGUAUCUUCCGCUGGUAGCUUUGAGCUUUCAGAUUUUGAUGAUGAUGAAGUGGUGAAUCUGAAUGACUUGCCAUUGUUUAGCCAUCUUUGGGGAUUGUUUUCCAGUUGGAUUACUCACGAAACGACCCUGUUACUGGCAGGGCAGCUCCUACCUGCUAACAAAGAGGAAAAGGAUGACCAAGACAGUUUCGUUGGUGGGCCAGUCAAGGCCGAGGCUGAAGAUGCACGCCGUCGUGCACGUCAAAUUCGUUUAGAGAGGUGGAAUUCGCUCUCACUCAUGCUGCGGCGUUCAUUGCCUCAAGUAGCACUGAAGCUCAAACUUGCCAGCGACCGAUUCGCAAACUACCGUAUCGACACUAUUACAAAAACAUUCGCACUUCAUCACGCCAUCGAUACACGAAACACACACCAGUGGACCUGUGUCGCAACAAUCUUGAUGCUUGUAGCCUACAACAUCAAACUGAAUGAGCUCUUAGAAGGAGAGCGCAGCGACCAAGUCAAAGCACUGACGAAGCUGGACGUUUCGGAGCUUCAUCAGUUACUCCAUCUAUUUUAUGAUGUGCGAAGGGAUAGCGAUAUUGCUAUUGAUAUGGAUGUGGCUCCUGUACUGGAAGACGUGUUGAGUGCCAAGAACGCAGCAAAUGGAGAAACAGCCGACAAGUCUUCCUUGCCUUUUGUCGUAAGUGCCGUCGUGCGAAAAGCAAAUGUAUUUGCGAAACUCGAGUAA